UCAAUGGGCGAUGUCUGCCCAAGGCUGUCACUCAGGUGGCGGUGGCUGAGACGUGGCCGGGCAGCUCUGCUGCUGCGGCGCGAAGUCGGGAGGCGGCGGGGUCCGUGGCGCGCGCUCGCGGAGCUCCGAGGCUCCGAGCGGAGGGACGGGCGGGCGCGGACGGCCGGGUCUCCAUGCCCGCGCGUGGGGCGGGCCGCUGAUGGAGCGCGCCACCCGGCCCGGGCCGCGCGCGCUGCUGCUGCUUUUGCUGCUGUUGCUGCUGGGCUGCGCGGCGGGGAUCUCGGCGGCCGCGCGCGCCCGCAGCCUGCCCGCGCCCACGGCGGACGCGGCGUUCGGCUUGGGGGCCGCGGCCGCCCCGACUUCGGCCGAGCGAGUGCCCGCGGUGGCUACGGCCGAAGUGACCGUGGAGGACGCCGAGGCGCUGCCGGCCGCCGCUGGCGAACAUGAGUCACGCGCGACGGAGCCGGACGACGACGUGGAGCUGCGGCCGCGCGGCAGAUCCUUAGUGAUUAUCAGCACUUUAGAUGGAAGAAUCGCUGCACUGGAUGCUGAGAACCAUGGUAAAAAGCAGUGGGAUUUGGACGUGGGAUCUGGUUCCUUGGUUUCAUCUAGCCUCAGCAAGCCAGAGGUGUUUGGGAAUAAGAUGAUAAUUCCUUCCCUGGACGGAGACCUCUUCCAGUGGGAUCGAGAACGAGAGAGCAUGGAGACCGUUCCUUUCACUGUAGAGUCCCUUCUGGAAUCUUCAUAUAAAUUUGGAGAUGAUGUUGUUUUGGUUGGAGGAAAAUCUCUCACUACGUAUGGACUCAGUGCAUAUAGUGGAAAGCUGAGGUAUAUCUGUUCUGCCUUGGGGUGUCGCCGAUGGGAUAGUGAUGAAAUGGAGGAAGAGGAAGACAUCUUGCUUCUGCAGCGCACACAGAAGACCGUGCGAGCUGUUGGGCCUCGCAGCGGCAGUGAAAAGUGGAAUUUCAGUGUUGGCCACUUUGAACUUCGGUAUAUUCCAGACAUGGAGACUAGCGUUGGAUUUAUUGAGAGCACCUUUAAACCUGGUGGAAACAAAGAAGACUCUAAAAUUAUUUCAGAUGUGGAAGAAAAAGAAGGUUCCAUGCUGGACACGGUGAUAAAGGUUUCCGUUGCUGAUUGGAAGGUCAUUGCGUUUAGUAAGAAGGGAGGCCACCUGGAAUGGGAGUAUCAGUUUUGUACUCCAAUUGCAUCUGCGUGGUUGGUGAGGGACGGCAAGGUCAUCCCCAUCAGUCUGUUUGAUGACACAAGUUACACAGCUAAUGAAGAAGCUUUGGAAGAUGAAGAGGACAUUGUAGAGGCUGCUCGAGGUGCCACAGAGAACAGCGUGUACUUAGGGAUGUACAGAGGCCAGCUGUACCUGCAGUCAUCUGUCAGAGUCUCAGAAAAGUUCCCUACAAGCCCAAAGGCCUUGGAGUCUGUCAAUGGUGAAAAUGCAAUUAUCCCUCUGCCGACGAUCAAAUGGAAGCCCUUAAUCCAUUCUCCUUCUAGGACUCCUGUCUUGGUUGGGUCCGAUGAAUUUGACAAAUGUCUAAGUAAUGAUAAGUUUUCCCAUGAAGAAUACAGUAAUGGUGCACUUUCAAUCCUACAGUAUCCAUAUGAUAAUGGUUACUAUCUGCCGUAUUACAAGAGAGAAAGGAAUAAACGGAGCACACAGAUCACAGUCAGAUUCCUGGACAGCCCACAUUACAGCAAGAACAUCCGCAAGAAGGACCCCGUCCUCCUCCUGCACUGGUGGAAGGAAAUAUUUGGAACGAUCUUACUUUGCAUCGUAGCCACAACCUUUAUCGUGCGCAGGCUUUUCCAUCCUCAGCCCCACAGGCAAAGGAAGGAGUCUGAAACUCAGUGUCAAACUGAAAAUAAGUACGAUUCUGUGAGUGCUGAUAUCAGUGACAGUAGCUGGAACGACAUUAAAAACUCAGGCUAUGUGUCCAGGUAUCUAACAGAUUUUGAGCCAGUUCAGUGCAUGGGUCGUGGUGGCUUUGGAGUUGUCUUUGAAGCUAGAAACAAAGUAGAUGAUUGCAAUUACGCUAUCAAGAGGAUCCGUCUCCCCAAUAGGGAAUUGGCACGGGAGAAGGUGAUGCGCGAGGUCAAAGCUCUGGCUAAGCUGGAGCACCCAGGCAUUGUGAGGUACUUCAACGCCUGGCUGGAAACUCCUCCAGAGAAGUGGCAAGAGGAGAUGGAUGAAAUCUGGCUCAAAGACGAAAGCACAGACUGGCCACUCAGCUCUCCUAGCCCAAUGGAUGCACCAUCCGUUAAGAUCCGCAGAAUGGAUCCUUUCUCUACAAAAGAACAUAUUGAAGUCAUAGCUCCUUCGCCGCAAAGAAGUCGGUCUUUCUCAGUGGGCAUUUCCUGUGGCCAGACAAGUUCCUCUGAGAGCCAGUUCUCCCCACUGGAGUUCUCAGGAACAGACUGCGGAGACAACAGUGAGUCCGUGGAUGCGGCCCACAACCUCCAGGACAGUUGCCUGACAGAGUGUGACAUGGAGGAUGGUACCGUGGACGGCAAUGAUGAGGGGCACUCUUUCGAACUUUGUCCUUCUGAAGCUUCUCCCUACACAAGGUCGAGGGAGGGCACGUCCUCUUCCAUAGUGUUUGAAGACUCUGGCUGUGACAAUGCGUCCAGUAAGGAAGACCCCAGAACCAAUCGGCUGCAUAAUGGCAACCAUUAUGUUAAUAAGCUAACUGACUUCAAGUACUCCAGCAGCAGAUCUUCUUCCGAAGCCACCCUGUCUACCUCUCCUACCCGGCCAACCACUCUAAGUUUAGAUCUCACCAAGAACACUGUGGACCAGCUCCAGCCCAGCUCCCCAAAGGUGUACCUGUACAUUCAGAUGCAGCUGUGUAGAAAGGAGAACCUUAAAGACUGGAUGAACCGGCGCUGCCGCAUGGAGGACAGGGAGCACAGCGUGUGUCUGCACAUCUUUCUGCAGAUCGCAGAGGCUGUGGAGUUUCUGCACAGCAAGGGACUCAUGCACAGGGACCUCAAGCCUUCCAACAUAUUCUUCACCAUGGAUGAUGUGGUCAAAGUUGGGGACUUUGGACUAGUGACCGCCAUGGACCAAGAUGAGGAAGAGCAGACUGUUCUGACUCCAAUGCCAGCCUACGCCACACACACAGGACAAGUGGGGACCAAGCUCUACAUGAGCCCAGAGCAGAUUCACGGAAACAACUACUCCCAUAAAGUGGACAUCUUCUCUUUGGGCUUGAUUCUGUUUGAGUUACUUUACCCAUUCAGCACUCAGAUGGAACGAGUCCGGACCUUAACUGAUGUAAGAAAUCUGAAGUUUCCACCGCUGUUUACUCAGAAAUACCCCCGAGAGCAUAUGAUGGUUCAAGACAUGCUCUCUCCAUCUCCCACGGAGAGGCCUGAAGCUAUAAACAUCAUUGAAAAUGCUGUAUUUGAGAACUUGGAGUUUCCGGGGAAGGUAGUUCUGAGACAGCGGUCCCGUUCCAUGAGUUCAUCUGGAACAAAGCAUUCCAGACAGCCCAGCUGUUCGCACAGCCCACUGCCUGACAACUAGCCUUCAGCCGUGCCAGCAACCCUCGCAGGUGUCAAGGAGCAGGCACCUUGAGGAAUGUGGCUCUUCACAGCGGUGGACUCAGAUUUUAUGCUUUGAGCAAUGUGAUUUGGGACCAGUUUUUCUAAGUCAGACUGGAUUGUGGGCCUAGUCCAGUUUUCUCUGAACUUCAAGGAAAGGGCUAUGCAAACGACACGUGGGCUUGUUCCUUGUUGGUGUCCCAAAACUAGGUCAAGCUUUGGAAUCCUCGCUUUUCACCAGGAGGUAGAAAGGAUCCCUGAAAUGAGCUGAACUGGAAAUAAUCUUUAUAGCACAAAAGAGUCAGAGACCCCCCCAUGGCGACUACCCACUCUAGAGAUAUGCCUUCUAGAGACACAGGUGAUUUUGAAAGUGGUUGUCAUAAAGCUGACUCUAGUGUUGUCCCUGGGGGGCACUUGACCCGUCUGCACUAUUUGGAGGCACAUAGCACAAGCCGGGUCGAGGUUCGUGUCCGUAGUGUCAUAGUCUGCAGCAUUGAAUAGCUCCAUCCGUUAGGUUGUCCUAGGGAGUGUUAGGAACUUUUUGUACCUUUUAACCUCCAAUAAUGGGAAAAAUGAAGCUUUUUAGGUAUCGGUCUUAGGUUCUGAUUUGAGGGUUUAAAAAAAAACUGGUAAGAAGUGGAUCAUCUAUUACAACUAACUUCUUCAAUUAUGUAAUUUUUAUCCUAAUAGAAUCCUAUCUUAUAUAUAAUACUGUAAGUGGGUAUAUCCCUGAAAUUGAUUAUAGGUAAGUUUAAUCAUCUCAACUUGCUAACAUGUUUUCAUUUUUCCUGUAAAUAUGUUUAUUUUUUAUUUAUGAAAAUUCUGAAAUCAAUCCAUUUGGGUUGGUGAUGUACAGAACACACAUAAGUGUGUUAACUAUUAUGACUUCUUUCAAGUCUAAAUGAUUUAAUAAAACUUUUUUAAAUUGUA